AUGGUAUUGCUUCCUCGUGUUGGUAGAGAAUUCCAGGCUCAAAUUCCAGACCUUAUAACAGGACCUGAGUACAGUAGCUAUCUGAACAGGCCGAUUGACACAGAAAACGAAGAUCAUGUACCCUUUGAUUUUUUUGUGGGAUUACCAGUACCAGUCACAUUGAUCAGAGAUAUCAGCACUGUCUCAGAGAAAAAGAAAGAUGAAAGGCUGGACUUUUCUGCGCAAUCAACUGACUCGCUUUCAACAGAUCCAUGUUACGUUUUGGUUCCUGGGGUCUGCCGUGAUUUAUGGAAUGAUACAGAAGAGGCAAGCUUUCUCCUUGGCUUGUACCUGUUUAAGAAGAAGUUUGUUGAGAUGAAGGAAUUUGUUGGAAGUAAAAAAAUGGGAGAAUUAUUGUUUUUCUACUACACAGCGUUUUAUAAGUCCUCUGGAUUUAAUACAUGGUCAACGUGUGGUGAAGGCAGAAAAGGGAAGCGUGCAUAUGGCACAUGGUUAUUCAAAGGUUUCAGGCAUCGGGAACUAUUAUCUCGUCUGAGUCCUCAGGUCUCCGAGGAAAGGCAGAAACUGCUGAGGGAGGUGACUGAAAAAUAUGCAGAGAAGGACAUGUCGCUAACCGAAUAUGUGUUCUCUAUAAAAUCUAUUGUUGGGUUAGAAACCUUUGUUAAUUCAGUUGCCAUUGGAAAAGGAAACCGAGAUCUAACAAGCAUGGUCCGUAGGCCUGUGCCGAUACCUGUUGGUGAAGCAUGUUCCAAUCUUGAACAUGCUGAGAUUGUGAAGAUUCUAGCUGGACGUUGUCGUUUAACCAAAGUUCAGUCUAGUGAUUUGUUUUGGGAAGCCGUCUGGCCCCGUUUGCUGGCAAGAGGAUGGCACUCAGAACAGCCAAAAAACAAAGCUUCUCUGGUCUUUCUUCCUCCUUGUGUUGAGAAGUUUUCAAGAAAAUUAGUUAAAGGAAACCACUAUUUUGAAUCUUUUAAAGAUGUCUUGAGUAAGGUUGGUUCUGAACCAGAGCUUCUUCAGCUUGACACUUAUGAUGAAGGGGAGAAGAAGGAAGAGAAGGGGUUGAUUGAGGAGACCAAGGAGCAGCAAAAUUUGCCUAAGAAGCGUCGUUUUUCUUUGCCUCAUACAAGCCUCGAUAAUGGAAAAUCUGUCAAAUCCAAAAAAUUAAAAACUUUGCCAUCAAAAAUGAUAAUUGUUUCCCGACACAGUGAGGAGGAUACUUCUUUUGUCUCAACUAUUAAAUCCAAUUGCAUCCAAAACGUGUCGGUUGAUCAGCAAACAAGUAGUUCAAACCAACUUGUUCGGAUUGAUGGUCCAGAAACCAUAACGAAAGCAGAAAAGCAAAAGAAGUUGUACGACGACAAACAGGCUCCAGAACUAGUAGAUAUUCAGUUCCAAAAUAAGCGGCCAUUUACCAGUUCCUUAAAAGGAAACCCUUGUGGGAGCACUACUAGAGCUUCUCAAGAUGAUGAUUCUUAUGAUCAAGAAAAUUCUCAAUCUGGCAUGUUCAUGACAAAUUUAGCAAACGUGCAAGAUGAUAUCACGAGCACCCAACAGGAUGCUUGCUGUGCACUUCAAACCUCUGCAGAUAAGAGUGCUCCAGAGCAGCCUAUUAACAUGACCUCCAGGAGACAAAGUUCCAGGAAUAAACUACCAACUGCAAGAGCUCUUGAAGCCCUGGUAGAUGGAGAUUUGACAGUGAAGAGAAGGCGGAAGUAG